GAUACAUUUAUUAAAAUAUUGUCAAAGUCAUGCGUUUAAUUAAACAUUGACGAAUAUUUCAAAGAUGAUAACAACAAAAAACUAGUGUAUCCUUAAGAGUUUUGCCUCUGCAACGAAAGGAUAUUAGGAUAAUAACAGCUUUGCACACGGUUCGAAUAUGUGGUUUGUUCACAUGGUGGGGUUAGAAAAAGACCGCAAAAUUGAUUAAGUUCGAAGACAAUAGAAUGUAGCAAGCAGAUCACACAGAGGGGUCAAUCAAAUAAGACAGGAUCGGAGUAAGUCAAAUAGUAAAGACAAUCCAUGCUUUCUGUUUGAAGAUUACUUUUGGAGAAAUUGAGAAAAGAUGCAGUAGAAGUGAUUUGGGUGACUGAUUUAUUACAUGUCGAUUGGAACUUCAAAGUACAGCAAAGUCCUUACCUAAUAUCACUUAUAGUUAUCUUCAUGACCUAUUUUCAACGUUGUUGCCGCGCCUUACAUAAUAUUUGUUUGAAGAAAUGUGUAGUUCCUUGAUGUCUUUAAAGACGCAGAUCUGUAACAACGUUAUAACCAUACAAUAUUAAUGUUUGAAAUCUUUAUAAAAACAAAGUUAGGUAAAUAUCAGCCUUAUCAGAAUACUGUUGUCGUACACAUGUUACUUUUCCUGUUUUUGAACACAACGUUAUUUAAAUACUGAAAAUCAUUGUUUUUAGCGUUAAUGACACAGUUAAGUAACAACGUUAAAUAUUGUUAAAUAUGUGCAAGAAUGUUUGUUAUCAUAAAAGUUAAAAUUCAAUAACAGCGUAAUUCUCGCCUAGGAAUAGUUUUAUGUGUUUCUUUGAAGACAAACUCUUGUCGUAUUAGGAUAAAUUUGUUUAUUAUCUUUAAAACACACUUACGUGUCAAUAAUUAUUGCAGUUUAUAUUUAAUUACUCAGUUAAACACAACAACAAACAAAAAUGAUUGUACUGCAUCGUACAUUUGGGCAAAAAUUGGUUCUGGUUGUAUUUUGCUUUCCCAUUCUCCUCAUGUUGCUUUACAUAUUUAGAAAUUCAAUAUAUUUGUUAUCAAAUUUUGUUUUUACAUCUGAAAACAAAAACGUAUCAGAGAACUGCAAUUAUACUGAUACUUUCGAACGAAUACCACCAAUGAUUCAUCAGAUUCAUGGAUUUAAGGAUUCAAAACUUGAAAUAAGCCAUGUGAAUAAAAUGAAAACAUGGGCAAAUUAUCAUAAAAAUUACACACACUACUUAUGGAACGAGACAUCAGCAAACAACUUAAUAAAAAGAGAAUACAGCUAUAUUUAUCCCAUUUACAAGUCAUAUGGCUCGUGGAUCCAAAGAGCUGACGUAGCUCGUUACGUCAUAUUGCAUCAUUAUGGCGGCUGGUACAUCGACUUGGACGUCAUUUGCAACAGCGGACUACAUAAACUAGUAGAAAAUGCCUACCAACUGAAGAAGCGCGUGAUCCUUCACAUAACAUUCCCUGUGGGCACAUCAAAUGAUAUUUUUGGAAUAACACCACGUCAUCCAUACCUAAGAUCUGUUCUUGGUAACCUCUACAAUGCCAACCGAUGGUACCUGAUCCCACAUUGGAAUAUACUGUUUUCUGCUGGUUCUACGUACAUGUGGGGAAGAUACUUGAAUUUUCCGUGCAAAGAAGAGUUUCUAAUUUUAGAAAAAGAACAGUAUAAACAGUACUUCCAAAUCGAGCACGAUGGUUCUUGGCAUUCGUGGGAUGAUAGGGCAGCUCUUUUGCUUUUACGUUUGAUAACAAAUCGAGUGUGGUUUACCACUUUCAUGGUGCUACUUAUUGUGAUGUUUUCUGUUUUCCUUCGAAGGGUGAUCUGUCCGCGUAAAUGAGAAAGUAAUUUUCUAUCUUCUGUUCAAAGCAGAAAGUUUCAUGGUUUAUGAAUUAUAAAUACUUAAAAAAAACUGCCUUCUAAAUUAGUAUGUGAAAGUGUGAAUAACAUUUGUUAACAAACUGUAAUAAAAUGUAUUUAAUUUUAACUACAACGAGAAUGGUCUAAUUAUAGUAGGUUCCAGUAGCUUAGCGAAACGUUAGAAAUGAUAAAUAAGGAUAAAGUACAUGCAACAGCUCGAAUGUUAUAAGGGUAGUGUAAACUCUAUCGUAUUUGGCGUUGACUUAUGCCGUUCUUGCGCUAACGUAUGCCGUUCUUUGAAGAGUUAUUGUGCUGUUUAAAGUCCUUUUGGUUAAAAUAGUCAAGUAGCUGUCUUAACUGAGAACACAUUUAAGUAUAUAGUUUGAAAAACACUACUUUGAAUAUUGCACAUGAGCUUUAACAUCCAGGGCCAUAAUAGGAGCUCACAAACACAAUGGAUUCAGUAUGCAAAAUUUAUGAUCCACUGACUCAGAGGCAAUAAAACAUUGGAUUAAGAAUUAUGGAUUUACAGAAGGAUAAAAUUACUCAAACUAUCUGGAAAUACAAAAAACGGUACCCCACAAAUGAAGUUUUUUUUCUGGAUCUUAUGAAUAUCUUUCUUUUUUUUUUUAGGUAUUUUUAUAUUUGGUUGGUCCUUUUUGUCUGUUAAGAGACCUACCUUAGUUCAUACAUACUCUGUAGGAAGGGGACAACAAUUAACUUCUUCGGGGACAAUCAAAAUCCCCAGAAAAAUAUCCCCCGCUUAAAAGCACAGUGUGUUACAAAAUCAUCCCCUUCACACGUUAGAAGAGGGUAUCAAAAUCCCCUCUGUGAAAGUGGCAGGGGUAUCAUAAACCCCUUCAUGGAAAUGUUAGGGCUAUCAUAAUCCCCUUCAUGAAAAUUACAGGGCUAUCAAAAUCCCCUCUUUCAAAUCAAAAUGGGAGUAAUAUCUUGGUGUUUAGUUGGUACUUGUUUGUCAUUGACAGUCAAUUGAUAAUGUUGUUUAUUUAAUUGGAAGAAUGCUUCAGAUCUACUCUGAUAAUAACUUUAAUAAAUGAAUAAGAGUAAGGCAUUAUUCAGUAUGUUUUCAUUUAAUUUUUCACUUCCACCAUUUAAUUUUAACAUUUUUUUUAAGUUGUUGAGUUUUGGAUAUAAAAUAGUUGUGUUGUACUGCUCAUUAUUAAUAUAAUGUUUAAAGUUAGCCCAUUGCUUAUCAACACUUUAUAAAAAUAGGAACCACAAUUGUUUAAAUUUUACCUUGAAAGUUAUCUUUGUCAAUAUUUUCUGCAGUAGAGGGGAUUUCAAUCAAAGUGACUUAAAACCGCUGAAUGUCAUUAUUUUGUCUACGUGUUGAGUUGUUCUUGUAAAUAUUAUAAAAAUGUCAAAAUGUCGUUGUUUUGUAUUAUCUGCAUACAACUGGAUGCAAUAUAUAUGAAUUCCUAUACCAUCAGUCCAGAAUGUGCUAGUAUAUAAUCAGUUUAUCUAAGGUCGAAACAAGAUUUGAAUUUUACAUAAUUUUUUUUUUGAAUUUUCUCCCGGUUGUAACUGCACAGAUGUGCACUUUGUAAAUAACAUUUUUUGUAGGUUUGCGUCUGAAGUAUACUUGUUCUAAUAUCAACGGUUUGUUUUGUGCCUUUGCAAAUAAGUUUUGUUCCAUAUCUUUUAUCAUGAUUGUAUUCAUGCAUCUUUUCAUACGAGCCGCGCCAUGGGAAAACAAACAUAGUGCGUUUUCGACCAGCAUGAAUCCAGACCAGCCUGCGCAUCCACGCAGUCUUGUCAGGAUCCAUGCUGUUCGCUUUCAAAGCCUAUUGCAAUUAGAGAAACCGUUAGCAGGCAGGUCUGGAUCCAUGCUGGUCGCAAAUGCAUUAUGUUGGUUUUCUCAUGGUGCGGCUCAUACAAUAUAUAUAUAUAUAUAUA